GAUGAGUCAAAGCCGAAGCCAAAAUUCAUGACAAAUAUUUCGGCACCAAAGAUCCCUGAUGGCGACAAAGUGGAUUUUGAUGACAUCCACAGGAAGCGUCAGGAGAAAGAUCUUGCUGAGCUGCAGUCACUGAUCGAGGCUCACUUCGUACAGAGGAAGAAAGAGGAAGAGGAUCUCAUCGCCCUCGUUAACAGAAUUGAUAAACGUCGUGCUGAGAGAGCAGAGCAGCAAAGGGUCAGAGCAGAGAGAGAGAAGGAGAGGCAGGCCAGACUUGCGGAGGAAAAGGAGCGUAAGGAGUUGGAGGAGCAGCGUAAGAAGCUUGACGAUGACGCCAAGAAGAAGAGGGCCCUUUCAAACAUGACCCAGCAGUACAGUGCUGGGCAGAAGAGUGAGAGCAGAAGAGGAGCCAAGAAACAAACUGAGAGAGAGAAGAAGAAGAAGAUCCUGGCCGACCGCAGGAAGGCUCUCAAUGUUGAUCAUAUGAGUGAUGACAAACUCAAGGAGAAGGCCUCCGAGCUGUGGCAGUGGCUGAUGGGGCUGGAAGCUGAGAAGUUUGACCUCGGUGAAAAACUCAAAAGGCAAAAGUACGAUAUUAACCAGCUUCUUGCCCGAGUCCAGGAUCACCAGAACGCCAAAGGACGUGGCAAGGGCAAGAUGUCUGCCAGGCUGAGGUAAAGAAGCUAACGGACAGGGAUGUGGCAGACCAUGACACCAGAGAUUGGCAGAUGUGUGUGUAUUCAUUGUUCUGUUGUAUUGGGUUACAUGUGAAUUAUCCAUAUAUCAAGACAAUAAAUAAGCCAUUGCAUCCAACUCUAGUGCCUCUCUG